GCAGCCACCAUUCCUCCCACAGCCGCCAUUCCUCUACCACGAAGAGUUCACAACUCCGGCACGGCGGGUAAGACAACUUUCCCCUUCCCUUUGGCGUUUGCGGAAACCGAGAAGCAGGAGCAGUGGAAUAGCCGAAGUGCAGAACACUGGAAUCCGAACAGGAGCACCGGCUGCAGCGCCGUCGCCCGUCAGCCGCGUCGCCGCCAGUCCACCACAGCUUCGAAUCCUUCGAUCUACUAUGGCACAAUCGUAGAACCGCACAAGCACAAAUUCCAGUGAAAAAAUUUACUGGAUCCGCCAGCCGCCAUUCUUCUACCACGAAGAAUUCACAACUCCGGCACGGUGCGGAAGACAAGUGCACAUGUACAUGUAAAUGAGAAAAUACAUAUAUGAAUUUCGCAAAGUUGGGUGCUUCUGCUGCAAUAAAAUUGAGUGCUCCCUUGAAAUCGGUUUCCAGUCUGACUAUAAACAUCUCAAUUUUGGAGUCCCUUCUCCUCCAUUGCCAGAAUGUCAAACACUUCUGCCAAAUUUUCUCACAAAUGGUAUCCACUGGGCUCAUCAAAGACACCUAUGCUGCAAGCAGAAUUCUCAAGUUUUCAGCCGAUUCUCCUUUCAUCGGCAUCAGCUGCACUGAGAAGAUAUUUGGUCACAUCGAAAACCCGAAUUGUUUUUCAAUAAACACCGUGAUGAGAGUUUAUGUGCAUCAUAACAUGCCCCAAAAUUCGAUCUUUUUGUAUAAAUUAACAUUGAGGGAUAACUUGUGUGUGGAUAAUUUUACGUACCCGAUUCUUUUUCAAGCUAGCAUUCUCCGGUGUUCAGUAUUUGAAGGCAGAGAGUUGCAUAGUCAUGUCUUUAAAAGGGGUUUCGGAUCAGAUGUUUAUGUUUGUAAUACUUUGAUUAACAUGUACGGAGUAUGUGGGAAUAUGGGCGAUGCAAGGAAGGUCUUUGAUGAAAGUCAUGUGCGUGACUUGGUUUCUUGGAACUCGAUCUUGGCAGGGUAUGUUCAAGCAGGGAAUGUUGUGGAAGCAAUGAUAAUUUAUGCACAGAUGCCUGAGAGGAAUGUAAUUGCGUCAAACUCAAUGAUUGUGUUGUUGGGUAGGUGUGGUAUGGUGGAUGAGGCUUGCCGUUUGUUUAAUGAGAUGGGUAGAAGAGAUUUGGUUUCCUGGACUGCGUUGAUUUCUUGCCAUGAGCAAAAUGGGCUUUAUAAAGAGGCUUUGGAUUUGUUCUUGCAAAUGAUUUCCAUUGGGAUUACUGUAGAUGAAGUUGUGGUGGUCACUGUGCUCUCUGCUUGUGCACAUUUGUUAGUUCUGGACACCGGAAAAUCAGUGCACGGGGUUGUUAUUAAGGUUGGUUUUGAAUCAUAUGUGAAUUUUCAAAAUGCUUUAAUUCAUAUGUACUCCUGCUGUGGUGAUUUAAAUUCCGCACGAAACAUGUUUGAAUCAAGUAGUCAUUUGGAUCAAAUCUCUUGGAAUUCCAUAAUUGCUGGCUAUGUAAAGUGCGGAUCAGUGGAAAAGGCCAGAGCGUUAUUUGAUUCUAUGCCUGAGAAGGAUUGUGUAUCAUGGACCACAAUGAUUUCCGGCUAUGCUCAAAAUGAUCAUUUCUCAGAGGCUUUAGCUUUAUUCCAGGAAAUGCUAUAUGGACACAUUGAGCCCGAUGAGAUCACUUUAGUUAGUGUGCUUUCAGCUUGUGCCCACCUUACAGAAUUUGAACAAGGCAAAUGGAUUCAUGCAUAUAUUGGGAAUAAGGGGCUUAAAGUUAAUAUCAUUCUUGGUACCACUCUUAUAGACAUGUACAUGAAAUGUGGCUACACAAAGAAUGCUAUGGAGGUCUUCUAUGGAAUGGAAGACAGAGGUGUUUCUUCCUGGAAUGCUUUAAUUCAUGGGUUGGCCAUGAAUGGAGAGGUUCAAAGAUCACUCGAAACAUUUGAAGAAAUGAAGAAAUGUGGAGUAACUCCUAAUGAGGUAACCUUUUUGGCAGUUCUUGGUGCUUGUAGACAUAUGGGGAUGGUAGAUGAAGGUCGUCAUUAUUUUGAUUCCAUGGUGAAGUUGUACAACAUUGAGCCUAAUUCGAAACACUAUGGGUGUAUGGUUGACUUACUUGGCCGUGCGGGACUGCUUUGCGAAGCUGAAAAGCUCAUUCAGAGCAUGCCUAUGGCUCCAGAUGUCCCCACGUGGGGCGCUUUGCUUGGAGCUUGCAUAAAGCACGGGGACAGUGAAAUGGGGAAACGAGUUGGUAAAAAACUUAUUGAGCUUCAACCCCACCAUGAUGGGUUUCAUGUUAUACUUUCCAAUAUAUAUGCUUCAAAGGGAAACUGGGACAAUGCUGGCGAUGUUAGAGGUCUAAUGAUGCAGCAGGGUGUGGUAAAAACUCCUGGCUGCAGUAUGAUUGAAGCAGAUGGAAAUUGUUCAUGAAUUCUUUGCAACCGACUAGUCUCGCUGACUCUCAUCACCACAAACAAAGGAAAUAGAAGUAAUAUUGGAAUGAAAGGGUAAAACUAUCAAAUGCUAUUGGCUUUGUUAGGUUAGUAUAAUUAUUCUUACCAGACAAGAAGUAUGAUUUGAUAUUCUAUCCAGUUUUGCUAGAAAAAAACUUGUAAACCGUUAUAGAUCCUCUUUUUUUUUCUCCAAAACAUUAAAGAUUGAUUCAUCCCGAAACCUGUGUUUGAUGAAGUUUCACUCUUCCACUUCAGCAUGUAACAUCUAAAAAAUUUCCAUCACUUUUUUUUUGUGUGAAUGUCUUUGUAUGUUGUAUUUUAUAGAUGCUUAUAACCAGUAAUUCAUGCUUCAAGAAUUUCCGAAUAAACUUAUUGUGCGUGAAUUGAAAAGUUUUGGGGAUCGUGCAACAAAUUUUGAAGACAAAACGAUGAAGUCUAUUGCUGAACUUCAAAAGGUGUUUCAGGUAUGUUCCCAACCAUUGUGCCGAAAUGAUAUUCUGUGGGUGUGCAUCUAAAUUUAAAAUCAGACGGGAAAGUGAAUUGCUGUAUUUGCUGAUAUGAAUUCUUUGGACGAUGAUUGUUUGUGGCUCGGAGGAGGGUGUCAUGCAUUUGAUAUCAUUGCGGCAAGCCCACUUCAGUAACGGGGUCAUAGACGAGUGCGAACCCAUGAAGAUGGGAGGCAUGCUUUGUUGGCGAAGGGAUAUGUGCAAUGAGCUCGUUGAUGGCAAAAAAGGCGAAAACACCACUCAUUCGUCUAUAGAGUGAAUUUUUAUAAAUGAAAUCUGAAAAGUUUCAUCGACAACAAAGAACCCAGUAAAGUCCCACAAGUAAAGUAGUAGAUAGACCGUUUCUAAGAAAAUCAUGGCUCAAGCAUACUAUCAAACCAAGUAAGAACGUUGAGAAAAAAACCAUCAAAAAAUAAAUAAAUCAAAAGGUGUUGCCUUG